AUGAACAUCAAUAACUUUGUGUGUGAUUCACACAGUGUUUAUCGAACAGGAAAGAUUUAUGGAAUAUCUAUCUCUCUCAUUCUCAUCAACUUAGCCACACUGAUGCAACGAGCAGACGAAAAACUCAUUCCCUCGGUUGCCAAAGAUGUGAAAGAAGCAUUUAACGCAACCCUCUAUGAUAUUGGAUACCUCUCAUUUAUAAGAAACAUUGUUCAAGGACUUGCCUCUCCUUUAGCUGGUUUAUUGGUCGUUAGUUAUGACCGUCCGACAGUUUUCGCAGUCGGUUGUUUAUGCUGGGUCCUAUCAACUGUUGCAGUUGGAGCAAGCCACUUCUUCACCCAGGUUACCGUUGGUGUAGCAGUCAAUGGGUUUGGACAUGCAAUUGUUUAUCCAGUGCUUCAAUCGAUAAUAGCGGAUAGUUUUAAGGAUAGUGCAAGAGGUUUUGGCUUUGGUUUAUGGAAUCUCAUUGGUACGGUUGGAGCUAUAUGUGGAACCGUCCUACCAACUGUCAUGGCUGGUCAUGAUUUCUUAGGAAUCCCAGGAUGGCGAUGCGCCUUUAUGUUGUUGGCAACAAUGAGUGCGAUGAUCGGGGUUCUAGUGUUUCUAUUUGCCACUGAUCCAAGGAAAAGGAAAAAUAGUAGCUUCAUUUCUCAUGAUCAUGAACGAGACGAACUUAUGGUUCUUAAAGGGAAAAACUAUGAUGCUGCAACAAUGGAGGUUACGAGCACGGUUUGGAAGGAAUCCUGGGUGGCCAUAAAAGAUGUAACUAAGUUACAAACAUUUCAGAUCAUCGUCUUGCAGGGAAUCGUAGGUUUGGUGCCAUGGAAUGCAAUGGUUUUCUGGACCAUGUGGUUCGAACUCAUUGGUUUUGAUCACAAUAAGACAGCAUCUCUGAGCGGGAUGUUCACAACCGGACAAGCAAUAGGGUCUUUGGUUGGGGGAAUAGUUGCAGACAAAAUGUCUCGUAUAUUUCCAAACUCAGGGAGAGUUAUGUGCGCCCAAUUCAGCGUUUUCAUGAGAGCUAUAUUCUCCAUUAUUCUCUUAAGAAUAAUCCCACAGUCAACUAGCAGUUACUACAUCUACUCAGGCCGGGCCUUCAUUCUUUUUCUAAUGGGUCUUACCAUAACUUGGUGUGGACCAGCCAUUAACUCUCCAAUUUUAGCUGAGAUUGUUCCUCCUACGCAUCGAACCAUGAUAUAUGCCUUUGAUCGUGCACUCGAGGUGUCAUUUUCAUCGUUUGGUGCACCUUUGGUUGGUAUUAUGUCGGAGAAAGUAUUCGGGUUUGACGCAAAAGGAAUUGAUAAUAUUAAAGACUCUGGCCGUGAGGCAGAGGCGUUGUCAAAGGGGAUCAUGUGGAUGAUGGCUGUUCCGUUUGUAUUGUGUGGUCUUUGCUACACACCGUUACAUUAUCUUUUUCGAAAAGACCGGAAAAUUGAUAGAACUCCGAGUUCAAGGGAAGCAGAGAUUAUAUGA